AUUUCAUCUAAAAACUAUCCUUUCAGACAUAUAUUCACUAUGGCCGGCUUGUUUGUGAAUGAAGACGACGAUAUGCACGUUGAUGGAGGUGCUGAAUCUCAAGAAUCUUUCCAUGAAGCCUAUGAAGAACAACCCAUGGAGGGCAUUUCCAACACUAACGAAACUUCAGACGAAGAAGAAAAUGAAGAUGAAGAUGAUCCAAUAAUUCAAUCUAUUCCUCUUGUGUUGAAUAAGCUUUCAGACCUUUCCAAACAUUCUCUUCACAUUCUUCAAUAUCCAGGAAGACCUAGUAGAUUACCUUACCCUUCGGUAAAGGCAUCGAUCAAGCCAAACUCAGCUUAUAUCGAGUUAAAAGUACCAUUGGAUACUUCCAAAUUUUAUGAUGAACUGAAGUCAGAGGACUGGGGUACCACUGUAAGGGAACAUGGUCUUCAAGGUGUGUUAAACCGCACUGGGGAGGAUAACCAACCACCACCUCUCAUCCCAGGAGGUCCCGAACCUCCUAAAACAGAACCAUCAAAUGGUGGUACAUACAUAGCUAAGCUCCAUGAAGGGAAGCUCAUAAUCACUCCAGUGGACAGAACUGUACAACUCCGUCCUACUUUUAAGUAUUUGGAUGAUUUAGAACUUGCCAAGCAAGCUCAACGUAGAACUGAAUUUGCUGAAACUAACGGAACUACCAACUCUGGCCAAAAGGUUCAAGUUCUUCAAACUUCAAUGGCAAAGCCACUGCCCCAAGGAAACACUGGGGACACUGUGGGUAGUCAUGCUCUUGGAGAGUCGUUAAGAUGCAUCAAAAAGUUUGAAGAUGAAGAUUGGACUAGUUUGGAGUUUAGAGAUGCGGAUGAUGAAGAAGCGGUUGCUUUAAAGGAGGCAUUAUUCAAGGCUCCUUCCGAUAUAUUGACCACCAAGGUCACCAUGGAAGAGUACAUAACAAAGUUGACCGAUGUGUAACACACGUCAUUUGCACCAGUUGCCACACCUUCGUUCAUAAAAGACUAGACAUUUAGUCUUAACCCCUGU